AUGGGCUUAAUCACUAUUCACCAUUCCCCUCUUAUCAACAAUAAUACCAAUGGUGGCAACAAUGUGAUCGGUUUUUGGGUACACACUGAUCCUCAAAUCUUAUCUGUCUUAAGGUCUAACUACACUUCUGGUCUCCAAAUAGAUCUAACUGACGGCUCCUGGAUUUCUGUCCCUUCAGAUCCUUCCUCUUUCUUCUUCAACGUCGGCGACUCUCUCCAGGUGUUGACAAAUGGGAGGUUCAAGAGCGUGAAGCAUAGGGUUUUAGCUAACAGUAGGGUUUCUAUGAUUUACUUCGCUGGACCUUCGUUAACUCAGAGAAUCUCUCCGCCGAGUUUUCUUAUGAACAAUGAAGAAGAGUGUUUGUACAAAGAGUUCACUUGGUCUGAAUAUAAAAUCUCUGCCUACAACUGUAGAUUGUCUGAUAAUAGGCUUCAACCAUUUGAAAGGAAAGCCGUAAAUAUAUCCCUGAAUGAUUCAUAA